AUGUCUAAUAACUUUCCCAAUGAUAUCACCAUUGAUAUAUUGCUAAUGCUUCCUGAGAAAUCGCUUCUACGGUUCAAAAGCGUUUGCAAAACAUGGCGUUCUCUAAUUGAAGAUUCUCAAUUCGCCAAGCAACAUUAUUGCUUGAAUAAAAUCUUACAAGCCCUCGAGAACCAUCGACGAUUCUCUUUAGACGCCCCACUUAUUGAACCACCUUCACAAAUCAGUAUUUCAUUGACCAAAAGAUUUAUGAAUUCUUGCACCAAUGGUUUCUUUCUUCUAGCUUUUCCAUUACCUGACAAAGUUAUUUUUUGGAAUCCAGACCUCAGUGAAUCCACAACAAUCCGUCUUCCGUUCCCUACUACAUCUUUUAUUACUCUAGGAGAAUGCUUGUAUUUGGCUAAGUACAAUAUGAUGGUCGAAUUGGAAGUUCAGAAAAAGAGCAAUUCUUGGACUAAAAUGUUGGCAAUUACGGAAUCUGAAUUUGAGCCUGUGUUCCUUAAGAAGGGUGGUGGAGACAUGUUGUAUUUUAGAAGGGACAAAAAGGAAUAUGUAGUUUAUGAUUCAAAAACUCAAAAGUUCAAUCAAGUUAAAGUUGCUGGAUUUGAAGCAAGACGAAAGCUGAAACGGGAAUUCAAAAUUACUGGGCCUCAGCCAUUGUUGUUCAUCGAUCGAACAUAUGUGGAGACUUUAAUCUCUCUUAAUGCUCUACAGAAUUAA